AUGGCUGCCGCGGGCGAGUCUGCCAAGAAGAGCAGCGUGGUGAUCAAGGUCGGCAUGGUCGGCGACUCACAAAUCGGCAAGACGAGUCUGAUGGUCAAAUACGUCGAAGGUUCCUUCGACGAGGACUAUGUCCAAACCUUGGGUGUCAACUUUAUGGAAAAGACGAUUUCGAUCCGUAACACAGAAAUCACCUUCAGCAUAUGGGAUCUCGGAGGUCAACGGGAGUUUGUCAACAUGUUGCCGUUGGUCUGCAAUGACGCAGUUGCGAUCCUGUUCAUGUUUGAUCUCUCGCGCAAGUCGACUCUCAACAGUAUCAAGGAGUGGUAUCGACAGGCAAGAGGCUUCAACAAGACUGCCAUCCCGUUCCUUGUCGGGACAAAGUACGACUACUUUUCAACGUUUUCCAAGGAGGAACAGGAGGAAGUGACCAAACAGGCAAGUUCGCUUCCCUUUCCUUCCGGAACACUCUCGCUUGCUGUGGCGCGCAAGUUUGCGAGGGCGAUGAAGGCCCCAUUGAUCUUUUGUUCGACAUCACAUUCGAUUAAUGUGCAAAAAAUCUUCAAGAUUGUGCUCUCCAAGGCCUUUGACCUCAAGUGCACCAUCCCCGAGAUCUCUGAAGCAGGCGCCCCCAUCCUCGAGUACGCCUCCAACUAA